AUGACUGACCGCGUCGCCACCAACGGCAAUACCAACGUGGAUGGCCUGAAAGCUAGUAAGCUCGACACCGGCCUCCGACCGUUCCGUAGCUCCCGAUCGACUGACGAUAGCUCUUCUAUAGAUGCCGCAUCUGCCUACAACACCGUCACCAAUGGUCCGGUAGCUCAGAACGUCAUGGAUCAAUCUUCCAAGGCCACGACCGAGAUCUCCAACCUGGCCGCCGCUCGCCAUCCUCCCUCAUACACGGCUGCCACGGGCCAGCCGCUGACAAACUACCACUCGUUCUUCUCGGAGCUCCUGUCGUGGCGCAAUCCUCGUGCUUCGGCCAUCGCCUAUGCUUCCCUCGUCACGCUCAUCUUCUCGGUUAGGUACCUUGAUGUUUUGCGCUGGACUUUUAAGAUCACCUGGAUGGUUCUCGCCAUCACCGUCGCCGCCGAGAUCGCCGGGAAGACGCUUCUCAACAACGGCUUCACGACCCAGCUCCGUCCCCGCAAGUAUUACACCAUUCCGAGGGAGACGCUCGAGGCCGCGAUUGGCGACGUCCACGAACUCAUCAACUUUUUCGUCAUCGAGUCGCAGCGCGUGUUAUUCGCCGAGAAUGUUUAUGCAUCGGCUGCUGCCGCUUUCGCCGCCUUCAUCUCGUACUAUCUCGUCAAGCUUGUCCCCUACUGGGGCCUGGCCGUGAUCGCCACCACAGUCGUCUUCUUCACUCCGCUCAUCUACACCACCAACCAGGAGCUCAUCGACAGCCAGCUCAAGCACGCCAGCGAGAUCGUCAACGCCCAGACCGCCCAGUUCCGCACCGUCGCCCAGAAGCAUACCGAGCAGGCUACCCAGGCCACCAAGCAGUACAUGGGCGACUACACUGCCAAGGCUCAGGCGCUGAUCAAGGGCGCCCGCUCCCACGGAGAGCAACCCCAGGAGAAGUCCCAGGAGCAGCCGUCCGUCAAGGCGACCGACUUCCCCGCGGCUCCCAAGGACGAUAUCAAGCCUUCCGUCAACGAGCCCAUCGCCCCCGAGCCUGUCGUCGAGAACACGCCCAAGCCGGUUGAUGGCGCGAAGACUGACGGGGAACCCCUGAUCGCGGCUUAAAAACAGGGGUCCUGCCAAGAUAUCUGAUGGCGAUCCCGCCAACGUCAUCUG